UACGUUUUCUGUGUUAUUUUCUGCGUGGGGUACGUUUGUUAGCUUGCUAUCAAAGGAUAAAGUGACCAGUAUAAAAGUUAUCGAAAGGAAGCAAUUUCCACCGUCGGGUUUCGUGAUGGCUUUGCAGGGCUCUGAGGAGAUAGAGGAGCAACUCGCAGAGCCUGAAGAGGUUGGAGACGAGGAUGUGAGCAUCUCUCCAGCUGAAGAAAUAACGUUAACCGUCGGGCCUGGAGGAGAGGAGGACACGGACCCGCUUCUCCUGCCGUGGGAUCGCUUCUCUGCCUGGCUACACUGCAUCUGUGUCGUCGGGUUCGAUCUAGAACUCGGCCAGGCGGUGGAGGUCAUCUACCCACACCAUUCCAAACUAUCCGAGAAGGAGAAAACAAGUAUCUGCUACUUGUCAUUCCCAGACUCCAACUCAGGUUGUCUAGGGGACACACAGUUCUGCUUCCGUUUCCGCCAGGCCUCAGGCAGGAAGUCUUCUCUGGGAUGUUUUCUGGACCAGUUUGAUCGUGACGCUCCAGUCUGCCUCAAGAGGGACCAAGGCCAUUACUAUGGUUACGUCUACUUCAGACAAGUCCGGGACAAGUCACUCAAGAGGGGCUACUUUCAGAAAUCCCUGGUCCUAAUCAGCAAGCUACCCUACGUCAUGUUCUUCCACUCCCUGCUGAAGCUCAUCGCUCCAGAGUACUUUGAGAAGCAGGAGCCAUGUCUGGAGGCUGCCUGCAACGACAUCGACCGCUGGCCCACUCCUCAUCCAGGCAAAAUAUUGGUCCUCCCUGUAAUGGGUACAGUUAUGAAGGUUCGGAUCCCAACAUGUUACGACAAGCCUGGAACCUCUCAGCUGGUUCAGUCAACACAGAAUGACAACCUGGUGUCCAUAGUCCUCCCCACGGUCCACGAGGUAGACUUGUUCACGUGUUUCCACCCAGUCUUCUUCCACAUUCAGAUGUUAUGGGAGCUGGUGUUGCUAGGUGAGGCUCUGGUUGUCAUGGCACCAUCACCGGCAGAAUCCUCCGAUACUGUUCUGGCAUUGGUCAGCUGCAUCUCUCCACUGCGCUACUGCAGUGACUUCAGACCGUACUUCACCAUCCACGACAGCGAGUUUAAAGAGUACACCACCAGGACACAGGCCCCGCCAUCUGUGAUUCUUGGUGUGACCAACCCAUUCUUUGCUAAGACCCUCCAACACUGGCCUCACAUCAUCCGUAUUGGAGACAUGAAGCAGGCUGGAGAGACGGUCAAGCAGAUGAAGGUCAAGAAGCUGAAGAACCUGAAGACCCUAGACUCUAAACCAGGUGUCUACAGCGCGUACAAGCCCUUCCUCAACAAAGAUGAGGAUAUCAUUAAACAACUGCAGAAGGGUGUCCAACAGAAACGUCCCUCAGCGGCACAGAAUGCCAUCCUGCGACGGUACUUCCUGGAGCUGACGCAGAGCUUCAUCAUUCCACUGGAGCGCUAUGUGGCCAGUCUGAUGCCUCUACAGAAGAACAUCUGUCCUUGGAAGAGUCCUCCCCAGCUGAGGCCCUUCCUCCAGGAGGACUUUAUGAAGACUCUGGAGAAGGCUGGUCCUCAGCUCACCUCACCACUCAAAGGAGACUGGAUGGGACUCUACAGACAGUUCCUGAGGUGUCCUAACUUUGAUGGCUGGUUCAGGAAUCGCAAGAGAGAGAUGAUGAAGAAACUAGAGGCCCUUCACCUAGAGGCUGUCUGUGAGGAGGAUCUGCAGGUGCGAGUGCAGCAACACACGGAGGUGGAGACUGUGGACCUCGUUCUCAAACUCAAAGACAAACUGACUCAGGCAGAGAGAGAGCAGCUUCCUCUGAGGCCGGGGACGCUGACUAAACUACAGGCCCACAUCGACUCUGUCAUCCUGUCUUUACCUGACGAUCUACAGGGAAUCCUGCACAAGCCCUCCACACCCUGACCUCUGACCCUGACUUCUGACCUCUAACCCCUGACCACUAAUCAUUGACCUAUAACCCAUGGGGGUAGGAGGAAGGGAGGCCCAAGGAAAGACUGCUCCAGUCUCAUCAUUGAACUAUGUAUUUUUAACAGACUUUUUUUGUUUUGUUUUUUUAAAGUGCACUUCACCCUUUAAUAUCGGUGUGACUGUGCCACCUCCAACCUCUCUCCACCUUCACGUGCAAUGCUGGCAUUGACCAAAAAAAAAAUUCCACUGAUGAUUAUUGAUUUAUGCAACCAGUCAGAAAUAAGAAGACAAGCCAAUAAGUGGGUUUAUUCCUCAGAGGUAGCGUCUCUAGUGAAUCAUGCGUCUUGUGACGUUGAUGAAGUCAUAAUGGUUGACAGAUUUCUAAAACGGUUCAAUCUGUGUCCGGGAAACCCACCCUUUUAGUCUACACACUUUUUUUAAAAACGACCUUGUUUGGAUUCUAUGGUGCGCCGAUAACUUAAACUUGCAGUUACAAUAAACUGUAGACCGGUUGUAAUAUACGGUCUCAUUGUCAACAAUACUUGUACGUUUAUGAAAGGUUGCUGUGCUGUUUGUAUAAAUGUUGAAGACAUGGCGACAUGAAGAGCUGUGUUGUAUUACGUCACUAUACACCGAGUGGACAAAACAUUAAGAACACCUUCCUAAUAUUGAGUUGCCCUCAGAACAGCCUCAAUUAGUUGGGUCAUGGACUCUACAAAGUGUUGAAAGCGUUCCACAGGGAUGCUGGCCCAUGUUGACUCCAAUGCUUCCCACAGUUGUGUCAAGUUGGCUGGAUGUCCUUUGGGUGGUGGACUAUUAUUGAUACACGUGUGGAAAAACCCAGCAGUGUUGCAGUUCUUGACACAAACCGGUGCGCCUGGCACCUACUACCAUACCAAAAGGCACUUAAAUCUGUUGUCUUGUCCAUUCACCUUCUGAAUGACACACAUACACAAUCCAUGUCUCAAGGCUUAAAAAUCCUUCUGUAACCCGUCUCCUCCCCUUCAUCUACACUGAUUUUGAAGUGGAUUUAACAAGUGACAUCAAUAAGGGAUCAUAUCUUUCAGCCGGUCAGUCUGUCACGGAAAGGAGCAGGUGUUCCUAAUGUUUUGUCCACUCAGUGUAUAGUGGUUGAGGAGGCGACGUCAGGGUGUGGUCUCUUCACGAGGCACGAAACAGAUCGAAACAAGAAGGAACCUAAAAGCUUGUGCAAUAACCAAUGGUUUGUUGGAGGUUGAUCUGUGUGUGUGUGUUGGAAUAGAACAGUAGAGUGCUGUUGCUAUAUUAGACCAAUAGGAUCGAACUUGUGUAUAUAAUUUCUACUCAUUAUUAGAAGAACAUAAGGAAAAAAGACCGUCACUAACCCUAGUCCUUAUAUUGCAGUACUACUUCUGAUGUGUAUUCUGCAUAGGCAAUAGGGAGCCAUUUGCGAUGCCUUCAUUCUACAUCAUGUUAAAAAAGGCAACAGGGUAACUGACUAAAACCAACUGACUGACACAUUGCCUUGUCAUAUUGAUUUUGGACCUGAUUUUUGUGAAGUUGUAUCGCAUUAUUCAUCUGUGUAGGCCCACCACAACCCCUUGUUACCACAUUAUUCAUCUGUGUAGGCCCACCACAACCCCUUGUUACCACAUUAUUCAUCUGUGUAGGCCCACCUCAACCCCUUGUUAUCGCAUUAUUAAUCUGUGUAGGCCCACCUCAACCCCUUGUUAUCGCAUUAGUCAUCUGUGUAGGCCCACCACAACCCCUUGUUAUCGCAUUAUUCAUCUGUGUAGGCCCACCCCAACCCCUUGUACCACAUUAUUCAUCUGUGUAGGCCCACCCCAACCCCUUGUACCACAUUAUUCAUCUGUGUAGGCCCACCACAACCCCUUGCGACCACAUUAUUCAUCUGUGUAGGCCCACCACAACCCCUUGUACCACAUUAUUCAUCUGUGUAGGCCCACCACAACCCCUUGCGACCACAUUAUUCAUCUGUGUAGGCCCACCCCAACCCCUUGUACCACAUUAUUCAUCUGUGUAGGCCCACCCCAACCCCUUGUACCACAUUAUUCAUCUGUGUAGGCCCACCCCAACCCCUUGUACCACAUUAUUCAUCUGUGUAGGCCCACCACAACCCCUUGUACCACAUUAUUCAUCUGUGUAGGCCCACCACAACCCCUUGUACCACAUUAUUCAUCUGUGUAGGCCCACCACAACCCCUUGUUACCACAUUAUUCAUCUGUGUAGGCCCACCUCAACCCCUUGUACCACAUUAUUCAUCUGUGUAGGCCCACCACAACCCCUUGUACCACAUUAUUCAUCUGUGUAGGCCCACCACAACCCCUUGUACCACAUUAUUCAUCUGUGUAGGCCCACCCCAACCCCUUGUACCACAUUAUUCAUCUGUGUAGGCCCACCUCAACCCCUUGUUACCACAUUAUUCAUCUGUGUAGGCCCACCACAACCCCUUGUUAUCGCAUUAUUCAUCUGUGUAGGCCCACCUCAACCCCUUGUACCACAUUAUUCAUCUGUGUAGGCCCACCUCAACCCCUUGUACCACAUUAUUCAUCUGUGUAGGCCCACCACAACCCCUUGUACCACAUUAUUCAUCUGUGUAGGCCCACCACAACCCCUUGUUAUCGCAUUAUUCAUCUGUGUAGGCCCACCACAACCCCUUGUUAUCGCAUUAUUCAUCUGUGUAGGCCCACCACAACCCCUUGUUAUCGCAUUAUUCAUCUGUGUAGGCCCACCUCAACCCCUUGUUAUCGCAUUAUUCAUCUGUGUAGGCCCACCUCAACCCCUUGUUACCACAUUAUUCAUCUGUGUAGGCCCACCUCAACCCCUUGUUAUCGCAUUAUUCAUCUGUGUAGGCCCACCACAACCCCUUGUACCACAUUAUUCAUCUGUGUAGGCCCACCACAACCCAUAUGAACAGUCCUUGUACACCAGGGCUUUCUAGCGGCUAGCUAAACCAGAGUAGGGGUUUCCUACCGGUCCUCUGCCACUGUCUGGGUUUCAUGUGGCACCCAGCCACUGUCUCAAUGUCAUUGAUUUGGUUCACACCAACUGUAUCGUCCGAAACACAUUUUGCUGAUCAUAAUGGAUGUUGUUAGCCUGGGUACCGGUCUGUUUAGCUAUCAUUCCACUCCUUGUCUUUGGUAUAUGACACAGAGGAGUGGGAUGUUGGCUGAACAGACUGGUCUCCCAGGCUAGGAUGUUGAUACGGUUUAUGUUUGUAUUCAUGCUGUUUUUAAUGAAGCAACUUUGUUUUUAUGCUUUGAGUAGUAGUUUUGUUUGGAGCGUAAUCCGUGUGUGGUGUGCUCGACCAUCAUAUGUUAGUGUAGAGAGCAUUCUUCCUCUGAACUGUUAAACGUAUCUACAUGUAUGCUGAACAACAUUACUGCAGAGGAUGUUUUUCUAAACACAUAUUUUGCUGUCGGACUUUGGACUACCUAUGGGUUUUACGUCUUACGUUUUUGAAAACUGAUAUUUGAUUUCUUGAAUAUUUUGAUGUUACAGAAUACGUUAUUUUUCUUGAUCCGCUUUUCUCAUAGGGUGUGCCUUAAGGGAUGAUGGUUAGGAAAAACAGAACUGAAGACAGACUUUUUUUUUAGGUUAAAUAUCGAACUGUGACUGUGUGGUAGGCUAAUAAUAACUUCUGAUAUCUACAGUAGUGGCUCACUCAGUAACCUGUCAUAUUCUCAUCUGCUUCAAACACCAUGGAACACCAUCAUUCUGUUGGAACCCGUCAGAACCCAUCAGAAUUCCGUCGGAACCCAUCAGAAUUCCGUUGGAACUGUCUGUCCUCUGAGGGAACAUUUCAGUUAAAUGAAUAUUGUUUGGUACACACCUGUGAUUGGUUUUAUAUUUUGAAAAUACUUUAUUUUAACAAGAGAAUUUUGUAUAAAGGGCUAUUCUCAUAUUCCAUGAAUCUAAAAAAAAAAGUGAUGUUUUGUACAUAUGUUGAAAUACCCAGUCAUCACCGUUGAUGAUGAUGAUAUUCAUUAUAUUACAAUGAUUAUUUUACUAAAUAUAGAUAUUACUGACACGGAAUACUAUACAUUUGUAAUAUCUUCCAAUGGGCUGGUUAGAUGUUAAAGAAUUAGAAUAAGGAUGAUAACAAAGCAUAAUAUACUGUCGUAAUUGCUUUGGGGCACUCAGUAUUUUUACAUUUGCAAUGUUUGAUCGUUUUGUAUUGAAGCCUUACUAUAAUAACUACUGAGGAAACCACUAUUGAUGCCUUUUUAAUAGAAGUACUGAGGAACCACUUAAUGCUUACAGACAACAAUGGCUUUCAGUGAGUGGAGGUAUUUUAACAUGAAUAAACGGGCCUCUAGGAUCUCACUAA